CGGCGCCCGGGGACACCAUGCACGCCGUGCCGGACACAGAUGCUCUCACUGACCCUUUGGAGGCCUCCUCUUGUCACAGCUCUGUCGUCGUCACCCUUGAGGACAGGGACCUCUGGGCCAAAUUCCACCAAGUGGGCACGGAGAUGAUUAUCACCAAGUCUGGCCGGCGAAUGUUUCCACAAUGCAAGAUCAAAGUCACUGGCUUGAUUCCUUACGCCAAAUAUCUCAUGCUGGUAGACUUUGUGCCAAUGGACAACUUCAGGUACAAGUGGAACAAGGAUCAGUGGGAAGUUGCUGGCAAAGCAGAGCCCCAGCCCCCCUGCCGGACAUAUGCCCACCCGGACUCCCCCGCGCUCGGCGGCCACUGGAUGAAGGAGGCCGUCUCCUUCCAAAAGCUCAAGCUGACCAACAACACCCUGGACCAGCAUGGCCACGUCAUCCUUCACUCCAUGCAUCGCUACAAACCUCGUUUCCAUGUCAUGCAGGCAGAUGACUUGUUUAGCACCUGCUGGAGUCUCUUCCAGACCUACAGCUUCUCAGAGACGGCCUUCACCUCAGUCACUGCAUACCAAAAUGAGAAGAUCACAAAACUCAAGAUCUACAACAAUCCUUUUGCUAAGGGCUUCAGAGAACAUGGGAAGAAUACACUGAGGGAGGGGAGAGUCCAGCGGAACAGCCCAGCCAAAGGUCAAAAGAGGACAGUGAUGGAAGAACCCAAAUCUGGUGUGCAGCAACCAGAUCUUCCAAGGGAUGAAAACAUGGAGGGGCUGAAGGAGAGUGACCCCAUCUGGCACUUGGAUCAAAACAGCCUGCACCCAGCCCCCGCAGGGCCUCCAGCACAGGUGGAGCAGAGAGCGCCAACUGCCCAGGACCAGCAACCACCCAACCUUCUCUGUUUCCUUCCUUCUGUGUCCUACCCCCACCCCCACCCCCUCCACAUGCCUAGGUUCCCUGAGGCAAGUGAUGCAUCCAUGCAAGCUUCCCUUCGGGAUGCCCUGUCUUUAAAUGAAUUUUGGACCAGAGCACACCAGCUGGACGUUUCCAUGGCUCCUGAACAAGACUCCAAACGACAAGAAGGUUUCUCCACAAAUCUUCCAUCCAUUUCCACUCCCCUGCCUCCACUGCAGGACUACUCUGGGAUGGCUGGCAAUGCUGUAGACCCUGCAGGCAAGCCAGGAGCCCGAAGGCCGAUGUACAGCAGCCCCUACACCCGUGACCAAGCCUUCGGCCAAUGGGUGGUUCCUCCGCAGCCCCAGUAUAGAGCCCUGAGCUACUCAGCUUUCCCCACAGACUUCGGGGCGCAGGGGCCCCCUGGGAGCAGCAUGACAGACUGGAGCCAAUACCCCUUGUGCCCUUACGCCUGCUGGUGAAAGGUGGGCAAGGAAGAAAUGUCCUAGACUGGGGAGGACCAUCACGGACAGGGCGGCA